UGCGGCGCCCAGAGCUGCGACCCGCGCGCCCCGCUCCGCCGCCCCGGCCCGGGCCGCCAUGUCUCUAUGGAAGAGAACCAUCUACAAGAGUGUGUGCCUGUCCCUGGCUCUGCUUGUGGCUGUAACAGUAUUCCAGCGCAGUCUGACCCCCAGCCAGUUUCUGCAAGAGACCCCAUCACCUACAUCAGGGUCACAAAAGGCCCAGAAACACAGUGGUCACCUGGUGAACCCCAACAGCUUCUGGAAGAACCCAAAGGAUGUGGUCACCCCCAUGCCCACGGUCUCUCGGGGGCCUCAGACCUGGGAUGUGACCACCACUAACUGCUCAGCCAAUAUCAACUUGACUCACCAGCUCUGGUUCCAGGGCCUGGAGCCGCAUUUCCGGCAGUUUCUGUUAUACCGCCACUGCCGAUACUUCCCCAUGCUGCUGAACCACCCGGAGAAGUGUGCUGGUGACGUCUAUCUGCUGGUGGUUGUCAAGUCGGUCAUCACACAGCAUGACCGCCGGGAGGCCAUCCGCCAGACCUGGGGACGGGAGCAGGAAUCUGCGGGCCGGGGGCACGGUGCUGUGCGCACCCUCUUCCUGCUGGGCACUGCCUCUAAGCAGGAGGAACGGGCCCACUACCAGCAGCUGCUGGCCUAUGAGGACCGCCUCUAUAACGACAUCUUGCAGUGGGACUUUCUGGACAGCUUCUUCAACCUGACCCUCAAGGAGAUCCACUUCCUCAAGUGGCUUGACAUCUACUGCCCCAAUGCCCACUUCAUCUUCAAGGGUGAUGAUGACGUCUUUGUCAACCCUACCAACCUGCUUGAAUUUCUGGCUGAUCAGCGGCCACAGGAAGACCUGUUCGUGGGCGACGUCCUGCAGCAUGCUCGGCCCAUCCGCAAGAAGGAUAACAAAUACUAUAUCCCCACCAUCCUGUACAGCAAGGCCAGCUACCCGCCCUACGCAGGUGGAGGAGGCUUCCUUAUGGCUGGCAGCCUGGCCCGCCGCCUGCACCACACCUCUGACACCCUGGAGCUCUACCCCAUUGACGACGUCUUCCUGGGCAUGUGCCUGGAGGUGCUGGGUGUGCAGCCCAUGGCCCAUGAAGGGUUUAAAACUUUUGGCAUCUCGCGGAACCGCAACAGCCGCAUGAACAAGGAGCCCUGCUUUUUCCGCUCCAUGCUGGUUGUGCACAAGCUGCUGCCCGCUGAGCUGCUGGCCAUGUGGGGGCUGGUGCACGGCAACCUCACCUGCUCGCGCAAGCUCCAGGUGCUCUGACCCCCGCUAGGCCACCAGGAUGGGCUAGGACAUGUGCUCUCAAGCCUGGAAGUCAUGAGCUGGAAUGCCAUGCUGGGGCAUAGCCUUUGGGACAUUGCAGGGAGGUGGAGGGUUUGGAUUUUAUGUGCCCCUGGGUGGGGUGGGGUGCUGUUAGCCCAAGGGGCCCUUCCCUGUGUGGACACGCCAGAAAGUGGAGCUAAGGCCUAGGAAUGUAGGGAACUUCCCAGACCGCAGGGCAUCUGGGGAGCGAAGCUGCCAGCUACUGGCAGCCCUCCCAACCCUGACCCACUGCCUGGCUCCCUCUGACCUGGUUGGAGGCCCUGGUGGCCUGAAGGAGCUCUGUGCUCAGGUACUGGGCUGGGCCUGGUCCUGGAUGGCUCUAUCUGCCCUCUAGUCUUCAUAGAGAAGAUUCUCUCCCCAUGAAUCCCUCCGUCUUCCCACGAGCUCAAGCAGCCCUUUCAAGAGAAGCACAACCCUGUGCAGGCUCACAGGCCCCUGCCCCGCCAUGCCCCCAGGUCUCUGGGAGAACGAACCUCAGAAGGCCCUCAGCAUCCCCCCACAGGCCUGCCUGGAGUCACUGCGCAGUCUCCGCUCCCAGGGGGCUUCCCUCUGGCUGUGCCCUGUGCCGCUCCAUCUGGCCCAUCUGGAACCCCAGCUCUGCCUACCUCAGCGAUCCUCAGAACCUCCGGAUGAGCAGCAGCCCCAGCCCAGCCCUGACCCAGGGCCAGAGAGCAGCGCUCCGGCCCCACAGUCGCUGUGCUGCCCAGCCAGCCUGAGCCGAGGGCCCUCCUGCAGCCCCACCAAGGCCUGGCUUCCCACCUGAAACCAGCCGGUGUGGCCCUGAAAGGGAUGCCCCUCAUUACUGUGAAGUUUUAUUUAUGACAAAUUUGGACGGAGAAGAAGGUGCCCGGCCUCAGAAUCUGGUGGUGUUCUUCCCUUCCCUUGCCUCAUUCCGGUAAGACACCACCUCCCUCGGCCACUCUUACCCCCAGGGCCCCCCCAUGCCCAUCACAGCCCCUCAGGGACCCUGUCCCACCUGCUGCCGAUUUCUCCAGGGCCUGAGGGGUCCAGCAUCUGCCCUGGGAAGGGAUGGAGGAGCCCUCCUGGGCCACCUUGCCCAAGUUUGGGGGUCCUCGGGGAUGCGUGAAAGAUGCCAUCUUGUAUCUCAGGGUGGAGUCACUUGGGAAAAGACUGAGAGGGAUCUACUCUAUUUUCUCAAUAAAAGGGGACUGUUUUUUUUCUGGCGUGAAACUUCCUGUUGCCACCUCAGUCCGAGGGCCUGUCUCCGGCCAAGGUUGCAGGAGACUUCUGAAGACACAGCUUGUUCCCGCUCUUGGCUGGUGGGUGCACAGGGGCCCCUUGAAGGGCCUUAGAGGGAGGCGAGGGCCAGGAUUAAAGCCGGGACCACAGGGCCAGCGUCCAGACAGAUGCCGCCUGGGUGCGGCCGCGGUGGAGGAGGGAGAGACCCGCACUCCCCCACAGAGCAAGGCCGGAGCUGACGCGGUGGGCGGGGCCAGGUGGGCGUGGGCGGGGCCUGCUGGGUUUCCUCGUGUCCUUUCCGUUAUCCUGGAAGCAUUGAUAAGGUUGACAAGAAGCACUGAAACAGUGGCCAACGGAGUGUGAAGACUCCUGGUCUAAGCCGCUUAUCUCCAGGGUAGGGAGGGCAGCCAUGGCCAGGAGGGGGCCCAGAGGGCUCAGGAGGGGGUCCAGAGGCAGAGUUGUGUUUAGCUGUGACCUGAAGGGUGAAUGGGCAGGUGGAGAAAGGGGCGCAUAUGGAAGGCCAAGGCUGAAGCAGAAAGAACUGCCUCACCCUGAGCUGCAGCUGGGAGGCAGGCAGGACCUGUUCUCAGGCUUCUGGGUUGCAGGGGGGUGUUCAGAUUUGACCAUGAGAACAGAGGGCAAGGAGCAGGGGCCCUGGCUGCGCACCCCUUCCCCGGGCUCACUGGCCUCUCCACCUGGGCCCGCGGACCGGGCCCUCUAGAUGGAGUCAGCACAUUCCCAUGGGAACUUCCUCAGCUCCAGCCCCAGGGGUGGCCUCGCCCCAAACUCCUUCAGACCCUAGGGUCCCAGACCUCGGCUGGAGGGGCUGGGGGGAAUGGGGAACCCGCAUUAGCACAGCAGAAGGAAGGGCAGGGAGCCCACCAAAGGUGACCAGUGUCACAGGCCUCCCACACUGGGUGGGGAGCAAACUUCAGCCGUGGCCUGACCAGGCACCUGUGUGAAGGAGUGGGCAUUUGCCAGUAGAGGAAUGAGGGGGGACAGUCCAGGCUGGAGACACGUGCAACAGGCCCAAAGUGCAUCAAAGCUGCCUGGUGUGGACUGGGCUGAAGAUGGAAGGAAUUGGGGUGGGAUGAGAAAGGCAUACCCUGCUUAGAGUUGGGGUGCUUCCUGAAGGCAUUGAGGAGCUAUUGCAGCUUCCAGAGCAAGGAAAAAGGAGAUGAGAUGGGACCCCCAGAAAUGUUCUCACCUCCAGUCCCCCACUUGGGACAUGGGGAGCAGCCAGUCCCAGACCCCAGGAACAUCAGGCUGGGGACAUCAAACACAGUCCCAAGACCUUCCCAGCACAUACCCCAGCUUUUCUAUCCUCAGCAGGCCUGGGGUUCCAUGAAAGAAGAGGCUGGUGGCUGGGAGAAUUGCCCAGGCACUGCCUACCUAAGCCAACCUGUCUAGAAGAUUUCUCCAGCCCAGCCAGCUCCUGGCUUGGUUCUGGCCCGUCCACUCAGCCGGCUCUGGUACCCUUAGUGUCUGUAAGCGCAACCUGGCUGCCUCCAAAGACAGCCCCGGCCUUUCGGAGGUUUCUUGCUUAUCAUGUGCGGGCCCAAACAUAAGGGUCAUUGUGGAAGUUCUUUCAGGCAUUUAGCAUCUGGCUUCCUAGUAAUGAUAGCAGUUACCUUUUAUGGAGCUCUUUCAAUAUGCCUGGCAUGUAACAUGUACAAUGGGUAUGACCCUAACCCAGGAUAAAAAUAUGGUUACUUUUUAAUUUUUCUAAUUGAUUGCUUGAGUCCCCAAGUCCCUCCUGUAUCCCUGUUGGCAGAAAAUCAAAGCAAAAUAUGGCAGCCGAAAGUAUGCCUCUGACAUAAGGAUUAUCUUGAGCUGUUUAUUCUUAAGAAACAGGAGACACGGGAGAAUCUCUGAAAACCGAGCGAAGGUUACCCUUGUGUAGAGAACAUUUAUGCUUAGAAGGGAACUCACCAUUUGUGUCUGCCUGCUGUGCCAGGAAGAAGAGGGUGGUUCUAAAUCACAAGAAACUUGUCGGUAGAGAAGGCAGCAACUUCCAUCAGCACGACACCCUUCCCCUUUAUCAGUGUGCUUGUCCCGGGUGCCCCCCAUACUGACUUCCCCCUCCCCCACCCCACCAUAUGUCUUUAGUCUUUAGCCGACGAUGGUAUUUAAGGCGGUAACUUGGGCUAUUCAGCAGUUUCACUGAGUUUUCCUGGGUCUCUCCCAAGCAUACAGGGGGUAUACAUGUUAUUAAGCAUCUGUUUUUCUUUUGCUAAUCUGUGUUUAUUAGGGGGGUGGUCUCAACCACCAAGAACCUAGAAGGGUAGAGGGAAAAUUUUUUAUCCUCCCUACAAAAUCUUUCUCUCCUCUUGGAGCCCGCUCCUGUAAGGAAGGUCUGCUCAAGAUCUUAGUCCAAAAGGAGCAUUCUCUGGAGAGUCGAGACGUCCUCGUCAGCGGCUGCCUCUCCCUCCACACGGUGGCGCUGCUGAACACUGUCCUAUGAAUUCUUAGGCGGUGGUACCUUUGGGGUACAGGCAGUAGGCAGGCCCACGCUUUAGACAUAAGGUCACUCUUCUCUUAAUCACCCUCACAAGCACAGCCAUCCUCCCAAAGAGCAGCGGCGAGCGAGGGGUGCUGGGUUCUGGGGCUCCCAGUCAGUUACACAGUCGCUGGGGGGUACCACAAACUCCUCGGGCUUUCUGUCCCUGGGAAGCAGCCUGCCAGGCCUCUCCUAAUAGUAAAUUUUAGUCCCCAACUUGAUCCUGAGCAGCAGGAUGAGGGGUGGAUGGGUCUCAAGCCCUCUCCUCCCCAAAGGCCCUGGGCUCUGAAUGCAAAAUCACUUCCCUCGUCAUGACCCACGAGCUCGGUGAUCCGACUUGACUUACUCGGUCAACCUAAGUGGAGGAGCAAGGAGGGAAGCUUCUGGAACCCCAGCACACACUUCACCGUCAAGUGAAGUGGAGGCUCCCAGGAGAAGGGUCCCGCAGCUAAUGUGUGACAGGGCAUGGCCUAAACUCGGGUCUGCUCUUCUGACCAUUCGCUCUACCGUCUCCCAAGAGCCUCAGCCGCUCCCUUUCUCCUCAGGGACUUGCAAGUGCAUUUGCGGUUCUUGCCAGUAGAAAAACGCUAUGUCUGAUGAGUGAUUGGGAAUUUAGUAUUUUGGUAUUUCAGGGAGCCCGGCCGACCUAGCACCACGGGAAACAUUUUCUUCCUGACAGUUACCUAAAAUAUUGUGAGGGAAGACUUUUCUGCUUCAGUGAAACACUAUGCACUGUUUAAGACACAACCCCCAAACUGCUCCAGCCCAGUCCCCUGCAUUUGAGCACGGAUGGCUGUGCAAACUCUUGUGUAGAACUUCCAUUGACUCCUCUCCCCCUAGUGGAAAAACCAGUUUUACCUUCGUUUGCAAUUCAAUUCCUUCACUCCAUAUAAACGUGAGCUUUUUUGACAUCUGUGAACCGGUUAUAGCAUCUGCUUACUCUCAUGCAAACAAAAUAAAUCUUUACCUUGUG